GCGUAUGGAGCCGUGACCUGUUGUCAAACACUCCUUGCACUCAAAUAAAUUGUUUAUAUGAAGCUAUAUGAACCCCAUAAUCAAACCCUUCUCUCUGUCGCAGGCCGGAGCCGCAACUUCGCGUAUAAACCCACUGCAGAGCCGGCUUCGCAGGGUGACUUCACACAUGCGUGCCUACAUACUCUUUGAUUAUUUGGUAUCACUCUUGUACUACAUAUAAACGAAAGUGGUCACGGUAACGAAUCCUGCAUUCUAAUUGGCUAAUAGAGCGGUCCGGAGAUUCCUACUGCCCUACAUCCGAGAAUUGAUAUUUUGCGUGCACUGCUCGCUUAAGAAUGGCCAGAUAAUCAUUUCCAUGACGACAAUUUUGAGUAGCUGUCAAUUGGUGACAGUUUAUCAUCCCACACGGACUCGCCUCCACUGAGUGAACCACUGGCGUGAUCAAGCUUAGCGGAAAAUCCGAAUGUAAUCUCAAGUGCGUCAAGCCAGCGACCCAUUUGGUUGGUCCCUCGUUCCAUUGUGGGACAACAGGUUGUUAUGGCGAAAAGAGCGAUCUUCUAGGGCAAAUGCAAUUUUGGCUGCUUGUUUUGAGAGUAUGUUUGAAAGCCAAUGGCGCCCAAGACCGCCGUGUUAUUCUUACAACUGAUCGUGUUUUUCAUCCGUGCAUCACGGAGCGCACGUAACGAAAAUUUACGCUCUUCGUCAAUCGCAUUCACGCGAAACAAAAGGCUCCUGGGAUACACUAUCGCCAUCCAGCGGACUCCAAGUGUGCUGUCAUGCGCACAACGCUGUUUGACAAGUCGAGAAUGCGCAUCGUUCAAUUAUAAAUGCAAUUCUGGAAUGGAGUCGGAAGGAAUGGACUCGGGAGGGACUUGUGAGCUAAACCACUGCGAGGCUGUAUAUCAAAAAGCACAAGGCAUCGAACAGAGAGGGUGGCUUUAUGGUUACUUGCAAGGCAAAUUUUGGGAAAGACCGACAGAGUUCAAUUUCACUUUCACGACCCUGGGGGCGACCGGAGCUUUUGGUCCGACUAACACCUCACAGUACCAAGGGACCAGCUUGGACGGGGACGUACAGCUCGAUAGGGGCACACAAAUAUGGACCGUGCCAACUAGAGGCACCUACACGAUAGAGGCCCUAGGGGCCUCAGGCGCGGACGGCACUAAUACCACUGGUGCCAGUACAAAACGUUCAGGAGGACUGGGCGCGAGAAUCAAGGGAACCUUCUACUUCCUGGAAAACACUAUUCUUAGAAUCUUAGUGGGACAAGUUGGUAUUCCCGUACAACACGGAGAGCCACUCCCGGGGGGAGGCGGUGGGGGGAGUUUUGUCACUUACACAGACGGCACGCCGCUUAUUAUCGCAGGGGGAGGGGGUGGGGGGUCCGCGCCAUGGCAAGGGUGGCAUGAUGGGAACGCGGGUCAGCUCUCGGGUGACGGAUCCCUGGAGGGUGGCGGUACUGGCGGGCACGGAGGCAGGAUAUACGACAUUUAUGAGAAGUCUUAUGACAUACCACUUCCGGUAGGUGCCGGCGCAGGCCUAAAGACAAAUGGCGCCUCGGGAGUGAAUGCCACUGGUGGGUCUGCCUAUGUAAACGGCGGCGAGGGUGGUCUGGGAACGACUGGUUCCGAAGGUGGAUUUGGCGGAGGCGGGGCAGCUUUUCUAUACGCUGGUGGAGGGGGAGGGUACUCAGGAGGAGGGGUGACAAGGGCAACGCGGUAUUCUAAGUCCGGGGGAGGGGGGUCGUAUAACGCAGGGUCGGGGCAGGAGGGAGAAGUAAGGGGGCAAAAAGGCGAGGGAAGGGUAGUGAUUAUCCUGAUACGCCCUGAUAUCGGGUGAGCUGGUCCAACCGCAGUUUACGAUCAUCCUUGGUGACAUCUAGGCUAACGCGACCGGAAUCGACAAGUCGAAACCGAAAAGUUGAAUGAACAUAGCGUAAACGAAUAUCGGCCGGUAUGAGCGAACGAUAUGAUACGUAAUGAUUUAGAAAACUGCGCACUGCUCUGGAGUUUGAAUCUCGUCAAGUUGGACCGUGAGUACAAAACGGGGACAUCACGGCUCAUAGUCAAUCAGCACUUUAAAGGAAACGGCUUUCUUGUAAAUACAUUAUAGUGUUGUUUUUAUCAGUGAGAAAUCCUAAAAUCAAUAUUUUAAAGGUCUUUUAAAUUCAAACUUUUCAAGACGUUCUAUGACAAGGUUGCAAACAGUACAAGAACCUAAAUAACCACAUAAAAAUUGAAUUUGUUUUCAAUCAAGCUGGCAUUGAAAGUAGAUGACAGUACAAUGAAACAUGAGCUAUAUAUAUCAACACAUGGAACAGUUCUUUGCAAAACCAUGUACAUAUAAACAGGAGUUGUAGAUUUCGUUCAGUGCUCGAAAUCAAUACAAAAUUUGUCACGAUUACAAAAAGCUUUCACAAAUAUUGUACACAUAAGCUGUAAUAUUGGACAGAUUGUUUUGGUAGGGAAGUUUAUGUCAAUCAAAUUGUUUCUCCAUCCC